GUCGGUUUUUAUCGGCUAAUACAUAGGUGAAUAUGCAUUACACGUGAUGAAUAAACACCGUACGUACUGAAAAACCAACUUUCAGUUUCAAUAAGUUACCAUUUGGGCAGAAGGCUUUAACCAUGGCAAUGAAAGAAUGGGUCAGACGGAUGCAACCUUUCCAGCUUUACGUGGUGCUCAGUUUAACAAUAGCCUUCUUUUUAGUGGAACUAAUCAUCAGUCACCUCACUCAUGCGUUGACGCUUCUAAUGGAUUCUUAUCACACUCUUUGCAAUAUUAUGGCAUUAGGAGGUUGUAUAGUAACAAUAAAGUAUGCAAAGGACGAUCCCAUGCCGCAUCUGAGAAACCCGUCGAACGCCACGGAAUCCUCCGGCGAGGAAUUGUCCUCGAAAUGCCAGGAUAAGAAAAAGUCGAAAACCACGAUAAACAGGUCGCACCAGGAGAGAAAACUGAGGAACACAUUCGGUUGGGCCAGAACAGAUGUAAUCUUCAUGUUGAUCUGUUGCGUGUUUUUAGCAUCACUUAGUUUCUCUAUUUUAGUCGAAGCGAUACAGACUUUAAUUCACAUCGAUCAUCACGACGAAAUGCAUCAUCCCAUAUCUGUUUUAUGUUUAGGUGCUGCAGGUUUAUUGCUCAAUGGAGUGACGUACUUGCUUAUCGGAGGUUAUACCUUCCACCAAGGUAGUUUCCUCUAUGUGACAAAAAGCGGAGACGUGGUUUUGAGCAAAGUGGUGAUUGAGCAGUCAUUGAAACAAGGUGCAAGAAGACUGUCCAGAAGUAAGAAUAUCCACCCAACUGUAGUGCCCCAGAAGCAAAGACAGGGGGUCUGGGAAAUGACCAGAGAUAUCAAUGGUUGUGUUAUAGUGAUAAUUUGCGCGGUUUUAGUGUAUUUUACCGAUAAGAAUACAGCUAAAUUUAUUGAUCCUAUUUUGGCGUUGAUGUCGUCUGCAUUUAUAAUGAUUUUAAGCUACCCCUAUAUGAAGGAAAGUUGCCUUAUACUUCUUCAAACAAUGCCAGAUACAAUAAACAUCGAUGCGCUGAAAAUUCAGUUACUAAAGCAUUUUCCAGACAUCGUUAAUGUCCACGAUUUCCACAUAUGGCAAUUAACGGCAUCCAAAGUAAUUUCCACAGUUCACAUUAUCUUCCAAAAUCCUAAAGUGUACAAACAAGUCAUAGAGGAAGUUAAAGAAUUCUUCAAUGAAAAUGGUAUUACCCAGGUGACGAUACAGCCGGAAUUUUUCAAGAAAAACGCCAGUAUGGAAAGCAUUAGUUCGAAAUAUACAUUAAAUUGUUUAGUUUCUUGUAUAGGAGAAGGUUGCAAGCAACAACAUUGUUGUCCAAAUUACGAAGAUAAGAAUAUCAUCAAAUUCCCGUCUAAAGAAUUUUUGCCUACCAACCAAAUAACAGAAUUAAAAUCAGUGAAAGUCGUCAAUGAUGAACUCUCGCUCAAUAGUUCGAGCUGUGUACAGGAGAUUAAUAAAUGUGAGGAAACAAUAGACGAGACUGCACAUAACAGCAAUCCGCCUUCUUACGAAGAAUCACAACAGCCCAUUGAACAAUCAGCCGAUCACGCAAUAGAAGAUAAAGGCAGUGGUGGCGAUACUGUUGAAAGUAAACAAGAAGUUGAGCCUACGGUAGUGGCUACUCGAACGGUCUCCGAACUCGAAUAAAUAUUCGAUAUUUAUUUAGCUUAAAGCACUUUGGUAACGGCCGAAUAAAUAGAAUUAAUAAGACUAGGUUUAGUUUAAUUUUUUUUGUAAAUUCUGAUGCGAACAUUGCACGCGUUUUAACUAUCUCGGUUUAAGUCAGGUGCUGUUAAAACGUACGAACAAUUAUUAUAUGGACAAUUGAAAAUAUAUUGUAUGUAAUUACCGACAUAGAAUAUAUGAUAAUAGCUGAACACAAUGUGUCAUAAAAGGAUUUAAUAAGAUUUUAUAAAAAUAAUCCAAUUUUUUUAAACGAAAGUAAACCUUAGGAGGUUUUGUUAAUAUUGUAAAUUCAUUUAAUCUUACUCUGAAAAUCAC